CUCAAUACAUAAUUAUUAAUAAUAAGAUAUUAUUGCGUGAACAAAAUGGUGUAUUUGCAUUUUCCGUCGAAUCUGACCGAAGAGGAGUUAAUGUUGCAAGCGAAAUACAAUAAAUUGAAGCGAAAGAAAAAAGCACUGCAAGACCUGAAGACACCAAAGCUGGAACCAGAACGUAUACCACAAGCUCCUAAAAGACCAACAGAAGCGAGAGACGCUCGGGAGAUUGCAAAGAAAUUAAUAAAGUCUGGAGUUAUAACUGCGCCAAAAACGCCGAAGCGUCCUGAACAGUCGUUCAAGAGACCCAGAGGUCUCGAGAGGAAGUUGAACAGUACGGAGAAGACGGUGUGUUCUUAUCAACCUUUUUCGGCAACACAGCCAGAAGAAGAGGAUAUCGAAACUUCUAGGCCAAGAGUUAAGGAUUUGUACGACAGUUUUGUAAGCGCCGAAGAUCCAGAAAACAGAGGAACGACCGAUAAACCUGCAGUGGAGAAAGUAGAAAUAAAGCCCCGUAUUGGAAAUACAAUAUUUGUUUGCGGGUAUAAAAUAUCCGAGGACUUCUUGAAGAAGCACUUUCAAACGUUUGGAGCUAUCGUUAAUAUCUCAAUGGAGAGCGAAAAGAAUCGUGGCUUUAUAACAUUCGAUAAAUCUGAAGCGGCCGAAAGAGCGAUCAGUGAGAUGGAUGGGAGUAUGGUCUCUUCGAAACAAUUGGAGGUUUCGUUAGCUCGAAGACAGCCAGUUAUCGAUCCAAUAAACGAUGUUACGUCCAGUGCAGUGUGGUCUACGAUAGCAGCCAGCUACUCCCAGAAAAGUGCUCAUAAAGAUCGACGAGAACUAAAAGUUUACGAAGAGGAUUUAUUUGAAUGAAUGUUGGCACAGGUGAUCUAAGUUUUUCAAUCUAUCCGCAAGAGUUAACCAUUUGGCGUCGACUGAGCUAAAAAGUAUAUUUAUAAUUGAGAGUUUGUUAAAUAUGUUAACGAUUAAGAUUUAUUUAAGAGCGAAUCGACCGAAAUGUAAUAUACUCAUAGUGGAAAUAAAUUCCAUCCUUUAUAUUAAUUAAA